AUGCAGAGACCUGGAGCUUUGUGUCUCACUUCAUGGAUCACAGGAACUGGAGCUCUGUAUUUAAGCUUCUUGCAGAUAGCAGGCUCUGCGUCAGACUGUGAGCUUGGCGAGAGGUGCAUCAGGCAAAGCGAUGAAAACUUUAGCAGCUGGUAUGUGUGGUUCCUGAUGUUGUUUUUCCUGGCCUUGCUCCUGUCCUGUGGGAUCUGCUGCUGCCUGCAGUGCUGGCUGAAACGGAGGAGCUGCCUCCCCCACCGACGCACCCUGGCUGUCUUUGCACUCAGCAGUUCAGAUGCCUUUUGCGCGAGUGAAGCACCUGAGUGCCCAUUCUCUGGAUCUCCCUGCACGACUGCGGAGAUGUCCUCUUCUUCUGCCUCACAGUUCAGCCUUGGGGAAACUGAGUUGCCUCCAUCCUAUGAGGAUAUCAUGAAGGAAAACAAGCUCUAG